GCCUAGGCAAUUCUUGGCUGGCGGUGGGACAUCAAACCGCCAGCGGAUCACUAAGUUCCUCCACUCACUCACUCCAACUCCGCUCCUCCCCUCACUUUCUCACUCUCCAAAACAACUCUGCUGAAAAGCACCUCCGCCCACCACCAUGGUCUACGCCUUCACUCUCCCAACCACCUCCCACCUCUCGUUCCAGACCUUCCUAUCGUCCAGCACACACCCCUCACUCCCACAGGCAGCCACCACCGCCCGCCAUGCUUUCCGUCAAGCUCUCAAAACCCACAAGCGUCUACCCCGCGGCCCGCAACAAGACGCGCACCUGUCCACUAUCCUAACCACCCUAACAAACUACCUCCCCUACCUGGAAGCCAUCUCCAACGGCCUCAGCAGCAAACCCACCGACGCAACCAGCGAAGAGAUCGAAAUCACCCUGCACAGCGAAAUCGUCACCUUCUGGCGCCCGACCCUUACGACCCCACCGAGCACAACCCUCACCCUCAAAUCGCGCACCACCUCCCACACCAGCAGCACCCCCAACUCUUCCUCCAGCGGUAACGGCGGCAGCAAAUUCCUCAACACGAGCGGCAACCGCCUCCGAGGCGAAGGCAUCGACUUCGAGAUCGCCUUUGUGCUCACAACACUGGGCUACGUGCUCAGCCUCCUCGCGCACACGGGACUAAUGCGGACGCUGUACGCCUCCACGACCCCAACGGCAGAGCAACGCACAACCGCCGCCCAAACAGCGACGAAAUACCUCCUGCAAGCCAGCGCAAUUCACAACCUCCUCGCCUCAUCCCCAUCCUUCGCGACAGCCGCCCGCACCAGCAGCCUCGCGUCCUCCAUCCCGCAACAAGCACCCACCAGCAGCACCGCAACCAAAACAACAGCCCCUCCCACCCUGCCCGACCUCGACUCCGGAACGCAAACGGCACUGUCCGCGCUCGCACUCGCAGAAGCGACGCUCCUUGCCGUGUUGAAAGACGACUCGUACGUGUUCGCAUGCAUCCAGGCGCGCAAUCCCAAGGACAAGGACUGGAUGGUGCGGGCGCCGGAGAUUCCCAAGGUGCGGGCGCACCUAUUCGCGCGACUGUGUAUCCGCGCCGCGGAGUACGCGGAGCAAGCUGCCGCGGGGCUGGGGUCCGUGGUCGGCAAGACGGGGAAGACCGGCGCCAUCGAGGAGGAGCUGCUGGGCUAUACCCGGGUUCUGGGGCGGGUGGCGCGUGCCCGCGCGUGUCGGUUCUUCGGGGUUGAUGCCGAGUUGGCGGGGAAAAUUGGCGAGGGGAUUGCGUGGCUGCAGGCGGCGAAGGGGGCGCUGGGGGUGAGGAGUCGCGGCGGCGGUGGUGGUCAAGAUAAGACGGACGAGAAGGAGGGGUCGAAGAGUAAAUUCUCCAAGUUCAAGCAGGGAUUCAAGGAGAAGCUGGAGGAGAAGAAGAUGGAGAAGGAUGCCGGGACAUACGGUGGGCAUGAUAAGAAGGAGCUGGGCCCGGGAGAUAAUGCGGGACGAGAGGAGGAAGGCCGUGUGAUUGAGAUGCUGGAGGGCAAGUGGGUGCGGAUGAACAAUACGGUACGUAUACCGUCUUGUUUCCCUGCUUUAGGGAUUGUGAUGAGGCUGAUGCUGAUGUCUUGUGCAGAUUAACACCCAAUUGAUACCACCGUCGGCGGAUCUCUUGGCGAACCUACCCUCUGGUCGAGAUAUUCAUGCUGCCCCUGGUGCUUAUAGGAUCCCCUCGCUGGACGAGGAGCAGCUGGUGCGCAUGCGAGCGCCGCCCGCGGAGGACGAGUUCGGGCCUGGCAGUGACGUUGAGGAGAGCGACGAGGAGCCUGCUGGUGUGUUAAGGGUGUAUACGCCGGG